UGAUGUCAUGCGGAUCCUGGGCUGGGUCCUGUCAUGUGGGCAUUACAAAACGUCAACACAUUAUUUCUGCAUCUGGCAAUUUGAAGAAGCCCGCCGAAUCGCGCGGCGGUCGCUUGAUCACGCAGGAACGCUUGCUGAAAAGCCUCUUGUUUAUAAACGCUGGUGUACGGGAUGGUGGGUUAUAGUACGACGCACGUUUGCCAGCUCCAUUUGUGCAGCCCGUACAUGGGCAGGCACUCAGUCACCGUGGGGGACGCGAGGGACGUUUCGACGGAGACAGUCGGAGCCGGCAGCCAAUGCAUGCAUGGCCUGAUACUACGCAUUUGCGAGUCAUGCAACUAGAGAUUAUGACGCUGUGUGUGAAUCAGCACACCUAAAGAGAUGCCGGAAAUGGAGACUGGGCAUGAUACUUGCGGGCGGGUGAAACCGGGGGCGGGGUUUGGUGCUGGGCUGGGAGAUGCAUGCAUGGCGUGGACGCGGAUCUCAGUCGCUCUGGCGUUACUCAUGACUGUGUGUGCGUGCAUGGCGGAACGCGGCUAUACACGGUUGCACGGAGAGUGGGACCUAAACCCGAUGAGCGAAUGCAUGCGUGCUCGUUGGCACAGACGUUUGGCCGCAUAUGGGGUGGGAACCAUCACCCCGGUGCCACUGUGCGAGCGCAGCUCGGCAUUCGCGAUGCAUGUGCAUGUCGAAUGAUGACCGUCACCUAAGUUGUACGAUGCUCGACAACGCAUUUUAACGGGACAGUGGGCGGUGCUAACUUUUAAUGAGUCAUAAUGGUUUUUUCCUCCAACCAACGGCACAUUGAUGUGGGUUGACCGGUUGGAGCUGUCACCCCGCCCUUGCUUGCACGCUGCACACGAUGCAGACCAUGGACGGCGAGCAGGGCUGUGCAGAGCAAUACCAUCAGAAGUGUGUGGGUGCGUAUGGGUUAUUCACCAUUAGGCGGUAUUGAUGAAGGUUACACGGCGCCGCUGCGAGGUCUGCGCGCACCUGAUGUGCACAUAGUUUGGCUGCACACGAGUCCACGCAGGUCCUCGUGGCGGCGCUAUGCAAGUCAUGCAGGUAAGUAUCCGCUAAGAUGAUUGACGCACUGCUCAGUGUGAGAAACCGAGUAUGGCGCUGGACUGGCGAGGACCAGCGGCAUAGGAAAAAUAAUGGUCGAGCGGAUAGCUUGAUGAGCAAUGGAAUGGUGCAAAAUGCAGUGCAUGACACACUUGUUACUGGUAACCGGUCUUGGCUCGAUGGCAGGUGUACUUAACGCACGACGCCGGGGCCUAGAGCGGAUUGAGCCAUCGAGGCCUUGAGUUGACAAGGCCAUUAGCAUCUCUGGUUUGCACUGGCCGCAUGUUCGAGGGUUUUAUCUGAACAUGGUGACAGCCGCAUAGCUGGAGGAAACUCGGGCAUUGGCUGGAAUGGAGACGCUUCAGGGACGAAUACAUUAUGUUCUGCAAGGCACUGCGCAAAGAAACUUAAAAGGGAUUUGCUUCUUACCAUUCCUGGUCGAGCGCGGAGAUUAGGGCACGGGGAUGUGCACUGGGUUGUGCAAGCAAAGGAGACGCGUGCUGAAACUGCUUGAUGGGGUUGUAGGCAAGUGCCAUACACGGUGAGAGCUGGGCCAGUUGGAUUAGUAGCCACACAUGGCGUGGAACGAGGUUCAGGGUGCGGGUUACGGGGUCAAAGUAAAGUCAAGUGAAUAUGAGAACACGCACGGUAUCUGAGCCGUAGCACAAUUCUUCUGAUGGCUGACGGGCCCGGCUGGCCUGGAUGUGACUGCAGCGUGUCUACGCAUUGCGGAGAUAGGAAAUCAUUUUGAGAAGUGACAAGUGUUGAGAGGACUGGUUGGCUCGGCGCUGGUGCGAGCGCGUGGCAGUGAUGGUGGCGCGUCUGUGGCGUUGCGCUCCUAUUGGUGGCGCAGCCUGGCGGACGAAUCAAGCCGAGUGUUGUGGGCGUUUGUUGUACAAAUGGAUGGCGAGUGUGGCGCUUAGCAGGCGCACUAUUUACGUACUCAUAUCAGCGGGCCGACGCGUGCCGGCCUGGUGUCUGGCGUGUGUGCGCCAGAGUGUCCGGGGGCACGUGCGGCAUAAUUGAGGAUUGCAAGAGACAAGGACGAGCUGCGGGGCCUUUUGGGGACUGUGAACGGGGGGGGGUUGAAGUGGCAAGUUUGCGAGUGCACCGCAGUUGCCCGCACGCCGAGUCCGUACGUGGGAACGGCCUCGGCGAGGGCAGCGGAGACAUGUGGGUCACUCAGCAACAGGGGCUGCAUGCGUUGAACCAUGGCGUGGGCGUGCUUUGCUGCUCUUGUUUAUGUUUGCGUUGAUGGUCCGGAUGCGUCUCUAUGAUACUACUCUGUUUAUAGAAGGCGCCACGGUUCCACGAGGCCAGUGGUCAUCGGCCUUGGGGACCUGUGCAAGGCCUCGUUGCUUUGGAUACAGCCAUUACGCAAGGUGAUACACGUCGUGCACGCAUGCAGCAAUGGGUUGUUGGCUACUCCGGUAGUAUAUGUCGUGGCUGGCACUGCAGAUUGUGAGGGUUGGCGGAGAGUGAGGUGCGUGCGCCCUGGGGGUAACUACAGUAUGGGUUCUAACUCUCGCCGGUGUGCAGACACGAGCGGCAUCGUGAAAGGUUAUGUGAACUUCCACGAUCGCAGCCUGGCGCCUGGGUGCCGGACGAUCUCCGGCGCGGAUGCUCGGUGCUUUUGGGCGUGAAGUGGAUGCGGUGAUUGAGUUUCACGGGUGUGCGAAUCGCGAGGGGUCGCUAACUAUGGGUGCGUGUCAGGGGUGCUGCUGAUGGUACGGUACUAAUGAUCUGGUGCGGCGGCGGGCAGUGGACAAAGAUGGCUGUUGUCGGGGACAUGUUGGGGUGGCGGGCUUUGGCAGAACUUGAUAGAGAUGCCAGCGAAGUCAGUAUGUGAAUUGCUGUAACUACCAUCGCAA